GGCGGGGGAGGCGGAUGAGGAGGAUGAGAUCAUAGUUUCAGGAUCCUCAGGAAACCCUGGUACUGGCAGCAGCCAGCCUCUGCUGUGCCCACAUGACCCACAACUCUGGCAGAGGACCCGGCACUUCUAACAUUAUUAAAUAAUAAGAAAGCUGCUCCUACUCCAUGCCCAAGCCUCCCUACAGACCAAUGGACACCUUCUAAGAGUUUGGCGAGUCGGUGACUGAGGCGCCCGUCCUUUCCAAGAUAUAUAAGAUUUACCCGACCCUGAAUGAAGUACUUAGGAAGUCUUUAAAUGACAUAAUCAACUACCAUUUCAAAGAAAAGAAAAUAGAUGGUUUUGGGAAGUUCAUGCUGUUUCUUCACUCAAUUUUAGUUUCUAGGCUCCGCUUCUUUCUGCUCAGCUUUGUUCCCAGUGACUCCUACUCAAGCAGCAUCAUCAGUUCCUGGGGCUUCUCUAGCUCCAGGACAGGAGCAGUCCAAGCAGCAGGCAGGACGGCUGCCAUGAGACCCCAGAUCACACACUACCAGCUCCACUCUCUCCUGGUGGGUUCUUCUUAGUAACUCAAGCAAGACCCCAAACAAAAUGAUUGAAGAUAGUGGGAAAAGAGGAAAUACCAUGGCAGAAAGAAGACAGCUGUUUGCAGAGAUGAGGGCUCAAGAUCUGGAUCGCAUCCGACUCUCCACCUACAGAACAGCAUGCAAGCUGAGAUUUGUUCAGAAGAAAUGCAACUUGCACCUGGUGGACAUUUGGAAUGUCAUAGAAGCACUGCGAGAAAAUGCUUUGAACAACUUGGACCCAAACAUAGAGCUUAAUGUGGCCCGCUUAGAGGCUGUGCUCUCCACCAUUUUUUACCAGCUCAAUAAACGGAUGCCAACCACUCACCAAAUCCACGUGGAGCAGUCCAUCAGCCUCCUGCUUAACUUCCUGCUUGCAGCCUUUGAUCCGGAAGGCCAUGGUAAAAUUUCAGUAUUUGCUGUCAAAAUGGCUUUAGCCACGUUGUGUGGAGGGAAGAUCAUGGACAAACUGAGAUAUAUUUUCUCAAUGAUUUCUGACUCCAGCGGAGUGAUGGUUUAUGGACGAUACGACCAAUUCCUUCGGGAGGUUCUCAAACUACCCACAGCAGUUUUUGAAGGUCCUUCAUUUGGUUACACAGAACAGUCAGCUAGAUCCUGUUUUUCCCAACAGAAAAAGGUCACGUUAAAUGGUUUCCUGGACACGCUCAUGUCUGAUCCUCCCCCACAGUGUCUGGUCUGGCUGCCUCUCCUGCAUCGACUAGCAAAUGUGGAAAAUGUCUUCCACCCGGUUGAGUGCUCCUACUGCCACAGCGAGAGUAUGAUGGGAUUUCGCUACCGAUGCCAGCAGUGUCACAAUUACCAGCUCUGUCAGGACUGCUUCUGGAGGGGGCAUGCUGGCGGCUCCCACAGCAACCAGCACCAAAUGAAAGAGUACACGUCAUGGAAAUCCCCUGCUAAGAAGCUAACCAAUGCUUUAAGCAAGUCUCUGAGCUGCGCAUCCAGCAGGGAACCGUUGCACCCCAUGUUCCCCGAUCAGCCUGAGAAGCCGCUCAACUUGGCCCACAUUGUUGACACUUGGCCUCCCAGACCUGUACCCAGCAUGAACGAUACCCUGUUCUCCCACUCCGUUCCCUCCUCAGGAAGUCCCUUUAUUACCAGGAGCUCUCCUCCCAAGGACAGUGAAGUAGAGCAGAACAAAAUGCUGGCUAGGGCUGCUCCAGCUUUUCUGAAGGGCAAAGGGAUACAGUACAGCCUAAAUGUGGCAGACAGGCUAGCUGAUGAACAUGUGCUCAUCGGGCUGUAUGUCAACAUGCUCCGGAACAACCCAUCAUGUAUGCUUGAGAGUUCCAACCGGCUUGAUGAAGAACACAGGCUGAUCGCCAGAUAUGCAGCAAGACUGGCAGCAGAAUCCUCCUCGUCUCAGCCAACUCAACAGAGAAGUGCUCCUGACAUCUCCUUCACCAUUGAUGCAAAUAAGCAACAAAGGCAGCUGAUUGCAGAACUAGAAAACAAGAACAGAGAAAUCUUACAGGAGAUCCAGAGGCUUCGGCUUGAGCAUGAGCAAGCUUCUCAGCCCACUCCAGAAAAGGCACAGCAGAACCCCACGCUGCUGGCAGAGCUCCGGCUCCUCAGACAGCGCAAGGACGAGCUGGAACAGAGAAUGUCUGCUCUCCAGGAGAGCCGGAGAGAGCUAAUGGUCCAGUUAGAAGGUCUCAUGAAGCUCCUAAAGGAAGAAGAACUGAAGCAGGGAACCCAGGGGGCAGGCUCCCCUCGCUCCUCCCCCAGCCACACCAUCAGCAGGCCCAUCCCCAUGCCCAUCCGCUCGGCGUCUGCCUGCUCCACCCCGACGCACACCCCUCAGGACUCUCUCACGGGGGUAGGGGGCGAUGUACAAGAGGCGUUUGCACAAAGCUCAAGAAGAAAUCUAAGGAAUGACUUGCUAGUGGCAGCGGAUUCCAUCACGAACACCAUGUCCUCUCUGGUGAAAGAGCUGAAUUCAGAGGUGGGGAGUGAAACAGAGAGUAAUGUGGAUUCUGAAUUUGCACGGACUCAGUUUGAGGAUCUCGUUCCGUCGCCCACCUCUGAAAAGGCUUUUCUAGCCCAAAUCCACUCUCGAAAACCUGGGUACAUUCACGGGGGAGCUACCACAAGCAGUGCCAUAGUUACUGAAGACGGGGACCCCUAUGUCCGGCCAGAAGAAGAAAACUAUGAGAAUGACUCAGUCCGGCAGCUAGAGAAUGAGCUGAAGAUGGAGGAAUACCUGAAACAGAAGCUGCAAGAUGAAGCCUACCAGGUCAGCUUGCAAGGUUGAAUGCAAUAUCCUUUUAUCACUCUCCUCUCAAGCAAGCUAUAGUCAGAGAGAUGAUGAAAGUAACAUGAAAAGUGAUGAUGAUGGAGAGCGAUGUACGCACAAAGAGGAGGAAGACAGCAGCUGGCAGCAGCCUCGUCGAAGAGAGGAGCCACCACACCCAGCACUUCACGACAAACCCCACUCCUAAAGAUGUGUUCUGAUGCCUAUAGUGCAGCUAACUUUUUGUUUUAAAAUUUGUAGUUCAUAGGUGUGUGUUUUAGAAGGGGGAAAAAAGACUUCUGUUCAAAGCUACUUUAUCAGUUACAUCUUCUGUAACAUGGUUCAUCCCUGAGAACCCAUGCUGCUGUUACACACGAUGGCAGUAUUAACAAGCAUUUUAAAACUUUGCACAUGAUAUUGAACCUGUUCAGUUUACAAUGACAAUAUUAAUACUGUUUAGAGCUAGAAGUUUGAUUCCUGAAUUCUUUGAGAUUUUAGCAAAACAGUUUAUUAUACACUGUACAUUUUUUUCCACUGCAAUUGGAAAAAAACAACCACUUGCAAUUAUCCACUAACCCUGAAGAAUUUGGUUCCUGAGUGUUCAAACUCAGAGCCCAGAAGCCAAAAAGGGUCUUUGGUUUGCAGUUGACCCCAAGUCUCUGUGAGCAGUGACUUGAACCAAACACCAGGAAUAAUUCUUUGGGGCUUCUCCCAACUUGAGGUUGUUUUCUUUCAAGGUAUUCUAACAAGUCAGCCAUAGAAUUUAGUGUAAAUAUUUUUUCCAAAUAGAUAAUCAUAUUCAAAAAAAGACAACAUUCAAAUUAUAUAGAAUCUAGUUUUUAAAAUCAGCACAGAUCUUCUUAAAAACUGUGAACUAUGUUUUGAAAUACUCGUUACUAAAGCUGUUUAUAAACCACAGGUGCCAUAAGAUCCCCAAAUGGACUAUGCUCUUCCAUGGUCUUGUUCUUCUUGUUUUAGCUUUAGGAAGCAUGUCUUUAACAGCACCACGCAGUUCCCCUAUCAGGUUGUUUGGAGGCCUUCAGCUUUAAAUGUACAGGCUUAAAGUGCGCUUGCAAAUGUUCACUCUCCUUGUACUUCUGAAUGUUUAUUGCCUUAGCUGGCCACCUGGUGUUCUGCAUGCAGCAUUCUAUGGUCAUGUGAGACAAGCUCUUCUGUAUUGAGUUGGGAUUUUGCACUCAGUGAGAAGCUGAAAUGCAAAAGAACUGUCAAAGGCAAGAGGAUAAAAGACUCUGUUGGUGCCCCUUUAUGAGGGCCCUUGCUCUGAAGACCUCCCUUAGGGAUUCUGGGGAAAAUGGAAAAGAAAACUUGUAUUUGUUUCAAGGUCUGAAUAGGGGGACCCCCACAACAUAUUGGACAUAUUAUGCUUAAAUUAGCAGCUUCUCUGGAAUUCCUUGUUUUCUUGUAAAAGAAAAAAGAGAACACCCUUGUAGAAUAGUGGUUCUCAAAAUGUAACCACCACACCAGCAGCAGCAGCAGCAUCUGAGGAUAACUUAGAAAUGCAAACUCCUCAGUCCCAACCCAGUCCUGCUGAAUCAAAAACUCUGGGGAUUGGGCCUAAGAGUCUGUGUUUUAAUCCAGUAUCCAGGUGAUUCUGAUGCAUGCUAAAGGUUGAAAACCACUGCUUUAGAAUAAAUUGUAGCAAAAAAAAUCUCUGAAAAGGCCUUAUUCAGAAUGAGUAAGAAAGAUUCUGAGUCAACUGCAAUGCUUCAGCUAUUCAAUUUUGCUUCGGGGUCUGGCAAAAACCUUCUCUCACCCCACAUACCUGGUCUGCAUUGAAGGGUACCUGGCUGAGAACAUGUGUUCUGAUAACUUCAGGCUCCUUUUCAGAGACCUCUCAAAUGUUCACACCUCUGCAUUUGGUCAGAAACCAUCUCCUUGGCUACCCUUUGGAACAAAAUUGCUUGCCUUGGGGAUAGUAAAAUGCUUGACUGGCAUCAUUAAUGACCCCAUCCUGUUCCUGAAUGUACUUACUCAUAUACUUCCCUCCAGAGAACCCUCCUAACAGAUGUCCCUGAGCCCAGGCUAACACCAAAGUGGCACAAGUACAUGGUUCUCAGAUUUCUUUGCACACAUGGAUUGUAUUGUGGGUGUUGUUGGUAUGUCUUAAUGUUCAUCUCUCUUCCACUGCCCAUCCUCUGAAACCGUACCUCCCUAGAUGGAGCAGGUGGCCACUGGUGCCUCAUACUCAGUACUGAAAACCACUACAUCUCAGCUACUUACAUUGCUGUCUGCUCAAAAUCAGACCCAGGUAGUUCUUGAGCUCAGAACUCAGACCCUGCAAGUGGCAGUCAGCCACUGACUGGACUGAGCUGACAUGUGUUGUCUCUUUGUGUUUCUACAUCCAAAUGUUUGUUUAAGGUUGGAACUGUUCUGCUGAAAACCUUCCCCUUGUCAUAGUUUCCAUUGCCAACCAACUCCAUCACACAGGUGUUAAUACCAUCGUACAAAGCCAUUGCAAGGACUCUGGAAACUGCCACCAGUGACCAAUUUCUGACUAACCAGCCACCUUUUCUUUCUCUUAGCUCCACGUCAACACUGAGGCCAGACUCAAGCACCCCUGUCCUGUAACCGAGACAAAAUGGCAUGUGCUGUUUUGGGUUUUUGUGGUUUUUGGUGGGUUUCUUUCAUUGGCUCUGCAAAUUUACUUUUGGAGCCUAUUCUAAGUACAAGACCAGCAAGUUUCAUCUGUCCUGUCCAUUAGAUACAAUUAUGUCUUCAGGGGUUUGUUUCUUUCUUGUUUCAUGGUGAAUUGCACAUUCGUCUCCAUCAGAACUGAUGGCCUAUUAAUGAGCACUGGUCUAACACAGUCAACCCUCCCCACAGCACCAUGUUAAUGGAGGAGGGGAAGAGGGAGAAAUCUACUGUAUAGGAUUCAGGAAUCCGUUGUGGUUGGUCAGGACGGAAGUCGGGGUAAGUUUGGUUGGUCAGAGGGAGAUGUGCUGGAGAUUAUGAAAAUAGAUUCUCAGAUGAUCUACUAUAAGGCAGGGAAGGUUCAUUUGUAAGUAGUAACAUGAACUGAUAUGCAUUAAGAGUGUGGCCUUUGUUGUGAUAUACUACGUAUUUUCUUAUAUGCAUGAGCCAAACUGUUGCAUCAUAAUUUAGCACUGAUGUCUGCUUUUAUUUUGAUCAUCUUCAUCCUCUCUUAUUAGUUCUUGGUUGUUAACUGUAGAUAGAUCUUGUAAAUACGGCAACCUUUGGUUGCUGCAUUCACCUUAGUCAAUUCCAUACAAGGAACUACAAACAAGAAUUCCACUGUGUCCUCAGAAGAAAGGGCAUUUUUACUGUUGAACCAAAAAGUGAAAAAAAAAUCAGAAACAUUACAUCUUGAGGCUAAUUAUCUGUAAGACAUUUUUAAUUAUGACUACUAUAAUUUGACACCAUUUGAAAUAACCAAUCCAGAGAUACUAAAGAUUUCACAAUAUUCAUUGGUGUUGUAACAAAACUACUAUUGUAUGGAUUUUUUGUAUUGCUGUUAAGUAUUGUUUUUUGUGUAUGUGUGUGUGUGUAUGUAUGUGUGUGUAUGUAUGUGUGUUGGAACCUCCUGGGGACAUGUUAUAUUUUGAAGUGAUUAAACUAUUUAAUUGUGUGUCUAUAUUUUGGAAUGGAAUUAUUUCUUCAUUAAAAAUGUUUUUAAAAACACUG